UCUGACGCCCGAGCCGUGGGACACAACGCCGCGGCCCGCCCGCCCCAACCCCGACCGAAAACCUAGCUAGGGUUCCGCCGUCGCCGACCCCAGCCGGCGUCUCCUCGCCCGCCCGCCCACCCGCCGCGAUGUACAACGGCAUCGGGCUCCAGACCGCGCGGGGGUCGGGCACCAACGGGUACGUCCAGACCAACAAGUUCUUCAUCAAGCCCCGCUCCACCGGCGGGCCGGGCGGGCCCCACAGGCCGCCGCUCCCCGACGCCGCCGCCGGGGAUGGCGCCGGGCUCGGCGGGAUGCGCAAGCCCAACAGGGACAUCCUCGAGCACGACCGCAAGCGCCAGGUCGAGCUCAAGCUGCUCGUGCUCAGGGACACCCUCGAGGAGCAGGGCUACACGGAGGUCGAGAUCGAGCUGAUGGUCGAGGAUGCGCGCUCGGCCGCGGAGGCCGAGGCGGCGGCCGCGGCCGCGGCCGAGGAGGCGGGGGGAGGACGCCCGUCUCUACCGGGCACCAGAGGGUUUACCGACACACAAAGCCACCAUGUUGCGGCACGGAAGGAGAAGCAGCUUGAGACUCUGAGGGCUGCUUUUGGACUGGACGCUGAGGAUGUAAAGAAGGGGGACGUAGAAAGUGAUGUGGAAUCUGGGGAGCUUGUACCUGGUAGGUAUUCUGAGGACCUGGAUACUGCUGGGCAGAAGGAUGGCAAGGAUUUGAAAGAUGGCAGGAAGGAUGCGAAGAAGAGCAAAAAGAAAAAAGUGAGUGACAAAAGGAGUCGGAGCAAAAGUUCAAGGAAGGGCAAGUAUGACUCAGAUUCAGAACAGGAACGUGACAUGAAAACAAAGAAGAAAAAGAAGAGUUCUCGCCAUGAUUCUGAAGAUGAUUCAGAGACUGAUUAUGAUGGGAAGAAGAAAGAGAAACACAACAAAAAAACUCGUCUUGUUUCAGAUGAUGAUGAUUCCGAAACUGAUCGGAAGAAGGCAAGACGUGGAAAGGACUCUCGUUAUGAUUCUGAGUCUGAUACAGAUAGUGACUAUGGCAAAAAGAAAACAGAACGAUCAAAGAACAAUCGUGAUGAGAGAAAGAAGAUACCAGUGAAAAGUUCUCGUCAUGAUUCUGAGUCUGAUACUGAUAAUGAAUAUGGAAAAAAGAAAAUAGAACAUGCAAAGAAUAAUCGUGAUGAUAGAAACAAGAUACCUGUGAAGAACUCUCGUUAUGAUUCUGAGUCUGAUAUGGAUGGUGACCACGGGAAGAAGAAAACAGAAAAUGUGAAGAACAGUCGUGAUGAGAGAAAUAAGAUGCCAGUGAAGAGCUCUCGCCAUGAUUCUGAGUCUGAUACAGAUAGUGAUUAUGGGAGGAAGAAAACAGAACCCGAGAAGAACAAUCGUGAUGAGAUAAAGAAGAUACCAACGAAGAGCUUCUGUCAGAGCUUUGAGGAUGAGAAGCCAAGAGAGAGAAGGUACAAGGAUAGCUCUCGCCAUUACUUCGAUGAUGGGAAGCCCAUAAAGUACAAGGAAAGCUCUCGCCAUGGCUCUGAGACUGAUUCAGAUACCCGUGUGGAAGCAAAGAAAAAACUUGAAAAGUUGUACCAUCAUAACCCUACGGAAGAUAAGCAAGCACAAAAAAUCAAAGAAAAGGAGGAUAACUAUGGAAAGAACAUUGAUAAGCGCAAGCGGCAUGAUACUGAUUCAGAAGCUGAUGGUUAUUCCCGUGAUAGGAAAAGACAACUGAAUAUUGCAGUGGCAAAAAAGGAUGUGCCAGCGAAAAGAAGAGCUGCUAGCUCAAGCGAGAGCUCAGAUUACAGCAGCAGCCUCAGCAGCAGUGAGUCUGACAUGAGUGCAGAUAGCUAUGAGGAACGGAAAAGGAGUCAAGCUGAGAGGAGAAGAGAUGAGCUGAAUACACAGAGGCAGAAAGAGGAGAGGAAGGAGCUUGAAAAGCAAAAGCAGAGGGAUGAAGAGAGGAAAGAACUGGAGAAGCAAAAGCAGCAGGAGGAAGAGAGGAUAGAGAUGGAGAAGAAAAGGCAGCGAGAGAGGGAGGAAGUGAGACUGAGGGAGAGAGACCAAGAUAGAAGGAAAGGUGGAAAUGGUGUGGAGAGAGACUACAAACGAAAACUAGAAGAUGAUCGGUAUGACCCGAACUCAAGUAGAGUUAGAGAAGAGGGAUACAGAGGCCACCAGAACAGAGGUGAUGAGAGAAUGCAUGAAGAGCAUGGCCGUCGCGGAGCUAGAGAUCUGGAUAUCCAUGAUUCCAAGAGGUCAAGGCAUGAUGAUGGCUCAUAUUACAAUUCAAGGAGGGAUCGUGAAGAUCGCUAUUCUAGAGAUGAACAUAGAGACAGAAGGCGUCACUGAAUGCAAAAUGUAUCUACAACUCCAUAUCAUGUCCUUCAUACGAAGUAAAAAAGCUUCGGCAUCUCCUCGACCAAUGCCAGCCAGUUCCAGGUGGACGUUCUCCACGCAAGGCUCGGUUGCCUAGCAGGCUAGCAGAUCUCUGGCUGUGGCAGCAAAAUUUGGACCGCCCAGAAAGAAUUCCCAUUGCAGCAUUAAGCUUUGUUUUCUUUGUAUCGACUUUUUUCAGUCACCUAGCAGGCUAGCAGAUCUCUGGUUUGUGUCAGUAAAAUAUCGGCCGCCUGGAAAGAACUCCCCAUUACAACAUUAAGCUUUGCUUAGUUUGUAUCGACUUUUUCACUGUGCAAACUUUACUAUAUUAUGUAAUAGGGCAGCACAGAGAUGUAUUGCAUACUCCCUCCGUCCCAAAAUAAUUGCAUAUCUAGAGUUUAAAAUUUGUCCCA